GGUUGUGCAUGAGCCAUUCUAUGCAUGAGCCCGCAUGUUCUCGGGCGUAGGACCAGCGUAGCAGCAAGGUAACAGUGCGCAUGUGAGAUUGUGUAAAGCGCAUAGCAUGUAAGCUUUGUGAUCGUCAUCAGUGAAUGAGCGGUUUCUUCAGAAAUUCGCCGAGAAGCCAUUCAAGAAUGGGAGCGUUAUUAUCCGUGCUCGUGUACACGGCGAGGUCCUACUUACGCGAACCGGCGAGCCGCAAGCACCCAUUCGGUUUUCCCUUGCCUCCCGAGAUCCACAAAACUCUCACACCAGAGUACAUUGAGUCUUUUAAGCAAGUCUUUGUCGUCGGCGACGUGCAUGGUUGUUAUGAGGAGCUCAUGGAUCUCCUUGCCGUGGCUAAAGCCAGGGAGAAGGACACACUCAAGUUGUUCGUUGGCGAUCUUGUCAACAAGGGACCCAGAAGCGAAGAUGUUCUCGAGUUUCUUAUCAACCACCGUUCCUCGUGUCACUCCGUCCGUGGCAAUCACGACGAGGUGGUGCUUCGGGAGUACUACGCCUCACGGAACCCAAUGUAUGCUCUCCCUGCAGAGAACAAUUGGAUUAAACAGCUCACAGUGUGCCAAGCCCGCUUCCUUGAGCAGCUUCCCUACACUUUGCUUAUGCCAAGCCUCAACACUGUCAUUGUGCAUGCUGGUCUUGUUCCUGACCAGGGACUAAGCACAUCGCUGAUGGACAUGGUCACCAUGCGAAAUGUCAUUAUUGAUGAUUUCUGGGAGAAUGGCGGCAUCAAGGCCACCUGUAAGAAUGAAGAACAUGCUGAGCCCUGGGGCCAAGUGUGGAAUGGGCCACAUCAUGUCAUUUUUGGCCAUGAUGCCAAGCGCAAGCUCCAGAAGUGGCGCCACUGUACGGGACUUGACACUGGGUGCGUCUACGGCAAUGCACUUACUGGCAUAUUCAUCACUGGGCCAAGGGCUGGCGAACUGGUGUCGGUGAAUGCCAAGUGCACCCACCAAAGGCCUAAGGACAAGCAGAAGUGACCAACUUUCUCUCUUGUGCCUCAUUAGUAACUGAAACAAAGUGCUCUUCAUUUAUACGCAUUGUGAAGUCAAGGGGGAAGUCCACUGGUGUUGAUGCGAAGCACAUCUCUGUACAAGACUAGUCAUAUUGCAGAAGGAGCUUGCUUACCCUUGGGCCUCUUGAACUCUUCUGGUUGGGAAAUUGCUCCAUCUUCAACUUUCCUCAUUCAUGUCUCAGAAGGGCAUACACCUCCGACUGUGAUAAUGGAAGCUUUGUGAUAUUUUCGUUAUAGGAUGUGAA